AUGUCGAUUAAUUACGAACAGGUUACAGUUGCUCCAUUGGUUCUUUUGUCGGUUUUAGAUCAUUACAAUCGUACAAAUACUCCAGAAACAAAGAGAUGUGUAGGUGUGAUCCUUGGUCAUUGCACUACAAAUACUAUAAAAGUUACAAAUUCUUUUGCAUUACCUUUUGAAGAAGAUGAGAAGAACCCUGAUGUGUGGUUCCUAGACCACAAUUACAUAGAAAGCAUGAACGAGAUGUGUAAGAAGAUAAACGCCAAAGAGAAAAUGAUAGGCUGGUAUCAUAGUGGACCCAAAUUGAAAUCCUCUGAUCUAAUGAUAAAUGAUUUAUUCAAAAAGUAUUCACAAGGGAACUCUGUUUUGCUUAUUGUCGACGUGAAACAACAAGGCGUGGGUUUACCCACUGACGCAUAUAUGGCUAUAGAACAAGUUAAGGACGACGGUACCUCUACUGAGAAAACUUUCAUCCAUCUUCCUACUACCAUUGAAGCUGAAGAAGCCGAGGAAAUUGGUGUUGAGCACUUACUAAGAGAUAUCCGCGAUCAAGCGGCCGGAAACUUGUCAAUUCGGUUGACCAACCAGUUGAAGUCUCUAAAAGGAUUGCAGCGCAAACUAAGAGACAUCGUGGAUUACCUUGAAAAAGUUAGUAAGGGCAUUCUUCCAGCAAAUCAUAUAAUUCUCGGUAAGUUACAGGACGUAUUUAACCUUUUGCCAAAUUUAGGUACUCCAGAAGAAGAAGAAGAUCUUGCUGCAGGUAAACAGAGUGCAAUUAGUGCAUCCAACAACUUGCAAAAGGCUAUGACCGUCAAAACUAACGAUGAGUUAAUGGUUAUCUACAUUAGCAAUCUUGUUAGGGCUAUUAUUGCUUUUGAUAAUUUGAUCGAAAAUAAGAUUCAGAACAAGAAAAUGCACGAAAGCAAGCUUGAACCCGAGGCAGAACAAGUUGCAAGGGAAGAUCUUAAGCAACAAGAAUCUGCAAAGGCAUAG